AUGGCCCAGGACGAGCCUUUACAGUCCCUCCAGCGCACAGUCUGGCAGGCUCGACUGCCUCUGGAGAUUCGACUAGCCGCUUCCGAAUCUCGUACCUUUGAUGGCGCUGACCCCUACCUGAUCGCCUUUCCUCGGUUGUCAUAUCUUCCACUCCUGCUUCCGCGACUUCACGCCUUCUUUUCGUCCUCACUAAUUGCCGAUCCCGAGACAAUAUCACCCUAUGCUGGCUACUUCACAUUUGACAACGUCCCCUUGAAAUGGCAUCUCCCGUUGGGGCUGCUCUACGAUGUAUACGUGAUGUCGACUCAGGAUGCCCGACCAGAUUCAUCCUCUUCCGAGCCCCUACCAUUUAGGCUAACUGUGCAUUUUUCGGCCGACCCGGACAAGCCAAUGCUGCCAGAUGCAAGCCCCGUUGUUCUACAUGACUCUUUCAUUAACUCCGUCAAAGAGGCGGACUUUUUGAGAUCUGGAACUGCCAAACCCAUCAUGACCUUGUCGGCUCAGGAGAGUAAGGCUCUGUGGACCUCAACCCAAGACAACGACUUGCCGACAUUUGCAAGGAUCCAUGGCUCUUUGGUGCCAACAGCGGGCCAGAUGAGGCAUGUCCCCUUGCGAUUGUAUCUACCCUCUGCACCGGACCAGGACCCGGGCAAAGCUCAAAUCAAAGUGUUACAAUCACACAUUCCACCCACUGUCGCAGUAGUCGGAAACCAGAGUUUGCCUACCAGUGUGCGAGGGAUCCCAGCAGGACAACCUCAGACAUUGGGGACGGCCUUGCAUCAGCUUGUGCCCAGCUUAUUUCCAUCUCGGAGGACGCCAAUUCUCGCUACACCGCUUCUGCAUGGUGCACCCGUUCCCAUGAGUGCUCAGCUUGAGGAACUUGCUCGAUGGGGUUGCUAUGCAGACGGCUGGUUGUCGGUGGUGAUAGCCAUGCGUGGAUAA